UGUCGAUAAAUUCAGGACGUAGGAGCUGCAAAGUGAAAACAAAACAAAGCAAAAGGGGUGGAGGAAUGGGGAGGAAGUACGCGUUCAGACCAACGUUAAGGGCGAAGAAAUGGCGCUGAUGCAGGGGGGUCGGGAGUCCGUAGUGCAAUGUCCUGUCUGCUCGCAGCAGAUGCAGAGUUUCAGGAUCAAUGCUCACCUGGACCACUGUCUGGGUGUGAGGGAAAGUGAUGGCGAUGACGGGGAGCCGGGCAGCAAGAGAGCGCGCCUGUCCUCAGGAGCUGCAUGCGGCGAUGGAACGUCGCUCGCGCAGAGCGGGCGCGAGACUGCAGCCAGCGGCACUGUUAACGAUGGCGACAGGAGCUGUAGCGCCUCGCCGAGUUCGGCGCGCGGCUGUGGAACGUUACCCGGGCAGAGCCCAUCAACCGCCAUCCCGCUGUCUCCGUUCUUGCGGCGGCCCCCCUCCGGUGACCAGAGGAAGACGGUGUCGUUGCGGCAGCUGGAGGCGAAGCCUCUGGCGGAGAUCAUGAGGCCCAGUGUCCUUGCCGAACUUAUUGGGCAGAACAAGGUUUUGGGUGAAAAUACUCUGUUGAGAACGCUUUUGGAAUCGCACGAGAUUCCGUCCAUCAUAUUGUGGGGCCCACCGGGAUGUGGCAAAACAUCAUUGGCCCAUGUUUUAGCCAGCAACAGUAAGAAACAGAGCAGUACAAGAUUCGUAAGUCUUUCUGCUACAAGUGCAUCAACAGACAUGAUUCGAGAGGUUGUUAAACAAGCUCAAAAUGAACUAAAGCUAUUCAAAAGAAAAACAAUUGCAUUCUUUGAUGAAAUUCAUCAUUUCAAUAAAAUACAACAGAACACAUUGCUGCCUCACGUCGAGUGUGGAACAAUCACACUGAUUGGUGCGACAACAGAGAACCCUUCCUUUCAGAUCAAUUCAGCGUUACUGAGUCGUUGCCGUGUCAUCGUUCUUGAGAAGCUGUCAGUAGAAGCUAUGGAAACUAUUUUGCUGCGUGCUUUAAACUCUCUUGGGAUCAGUAUACUAGGACAGGAUAAAGAAGCUGGCUCUGUGGAUGGCAGCAAAGAGUCUGAGUUGCACAUUUCAGUCGAGCCAGAAGCAAUACGGAGCAUUGCCUGCCUAUGUGAUGGCGAUGCAAGGGCUGCAUUAAACGGACUUCAUCUUGCGAUUCAAGCAAAAGUUGCUGAAGCAAAAAAGCCCCAGAACAAUUUUGCACAGCAAAGUACUCUGGCAAAGAAGAUUUUAAUUAAGGAAAUGCACAUAAAAGAAGGACUUCAAAGGUCUCACAUAUUGUAUGAUCGAGCAGGGGAGGAACAUUAUAACUGCAUCUCAGCACUACACAAGACGAUGCGAGCUUCUGAUGAGAAAGCUGCCCUCUAUUGGCUUGCAAGGAUGCUGGAAGGUGGUGAGGAUCCAUUGUAUGUAGCACGGCGACUGGUGAGAUUUGCCAGUGAAGAUGUAGGGCUAGCAGACCCUUUGGCUUUGACCCAGGCAGUAUCUGCUUACCAAGGAUGUCAUUUUAUAGGGAUGCCUGAAUGUGAGGUUAUUUUAGCGCAGUGUGUAACAUACCUGUCAAGAGCACCAAAGUCGGUUGAGAUUUACAUGGCAUAUGACGCUGUUAAAGAGUCCCUGAGGAACCACAAAGGUCCAUUGCCUUCUGUUCCACUGCACCUUAGAAAUGCACCUACAAAACUCAUGAAGGAUCUUGGCUAUGGAAAAGAUUGUAACAACUGUUUUUUGAACAAGCCAGAUGAUAAUCCCUCUCCAAUUAAAGAAUAACCCCUUUAUUGCAAUGGGCUUCUUUUUCCCCCCAUGUAUUUUCUUUUGUCUGUCUAACAACAGGAAUUAACACUAUAAAAUAAAUCGCACCAGCAAAAGAAACCACUGUACUGCUUGCAGUAUUUAUUAUUUAUUCCAUCAUCGCCUUCUGCUAAUGUUAUCUCAAGUAUAUUCAUUCUAAAAACAUACAAAUAAGAAUAAAAACAUAACUUGACUUUGGCUAUUUAUUCCAUUCCGUGUGGGGCUGCCUGAUGUUCCAGUACUUAACAGUUGAAGAUAGCUGAACUCCUGUCUAGUUUCCAUAUCAGUGAAGAAAGAUGAACAUUUCACUGCAUCCACAGGUGGACAAAUAACCAGUUCCCAUUUUGCACUAGUGCUGAAAAUGAAUUUCACACCCUUAUUCUCUGCUGCUUUUGACCUCAGCUGGGCCACCUGUUUCAGAGAUCACUAUUUUCUUCAGGACAAGAGUAGAAAAAGCAUCUGAUGCAAGUGUACUGGAGUAACUGCUUUGCAACCUAAACACAAGAAAAUUACAUUCACAAGUGCUAGAUUGAUUUUACCGAGUCAUGUUGCUUCGGUGGUGUUCAGGGAGAAGAGUAUCUGCCAAAGAACAGAAUGCUGUUUGUUUUGUUGUGCCUGAUGAAAAAGAGGAAGGGAUGAUCGGCAGUGAAAGACUCUUCAUGCAUCACCAUACAGGAUUGAGUCAUCACUGCUGUAGCUGCUGCUGCUUCAGUUCCCUCCUCAUUCACCUCCACAAAAGACUUGUGCACAACUUUGGAAACAUACAAGUCACGGGUUGCAGACAUUCCAGUUAGAUCGGCCUUUGAACUGUCGAAAACAUCCCCCAUGCCUAAACUGGACAGGGGCGAUUUCAGCUCAUAGUCACCUUCCAGUUUAAAUUUGGGCAGAUGAACAUGAACAUCCAGCUUUCUCAUACAGUUUGGAUGUGUCCACUCUUGCAGUUUUUCUAAUGUAAGUUCCUGUUCCAGCUGAUACACCAAAGCGAAGAGAUACAAGUUAGUCACAAAGCAAAAAAAAAGUUUUGUUAAAAAUAACCAGGUGCUGUGAGUCUGCUUCACCUGAUGUGGCAAUGUUUAAAUUGUCUCUUGUAAUCUAAGAAACUGGGCAUGAAUAAUAUGGCAUUAAAGAAUCAAACAGA